UAUCGUCCUCCGGACGUCCUGCUCGGCUCCACUGAAUACUCCACGCACAUCGAUAUGUGGGGCGUUGGAUGCAUUUUCUUCGAGAUGGCAACCGGUUACCCGCUCUUCCCCGGUUCCACCGUCGAGGAGGAGCUGACACUCAUCUUCAAACGUCUCGGUAUGUUUGUGCGGUCCCUUGUUUUUUUCUUAUCUUGA